CUCCCAGGCAAUGCCACUGUUUUAUGGUGUACAUGCUGUACCAGUGUCUUCAAGUCGGUGACCAGUCGCUUCAUUAAGAACCUGGCGUGCUCAGGGAUCUGUGCGGGUCUGGUGUGUGUUCCCUUUGACGUGGCUCUAGGGGCCAGCCCUCGCUGCUGCUGGUGGCUACACACUCUGCUGCUCUGCAAGGCCCUGAAGUUCCUCCACAAACUCUUCUGCUCCGUCACCGUGCUCAGCUUCUCCGCCAUCGCUCUCGACAGGUACUACUCUGUCCUCUACCCUCUGGAGAGGAAGAUCUCAGACGCCAGAUCACGUGACCUGGUUAUCUACAUCUGGAUCCACGCCACCAUCGCCAGCGUGCCCGUGUUCGUCGUCACCAACGUUACCGACGUGUACGCCACAUUGUCAUGCUCCGACGCCCGCGCCCGCUCCUUGGGUCACAUGGUCUACGUGGUGAUCUACAACGUAACCACGGUGAUCCUCCCACUGGCGGUUGUCUUCCUGUUCAUGGUUCUGAUUCGCCGAGCCCUUAGCGCCAGCCAGAAGAAGAAGGUGAUUAUUGCAGCGUUGAGAACCCCUCAGAACUCCAUCUCUAUUCCGUACGUGUCGCAGCGCGAGGCUGAGCUACACGCUACAUUACUAGCUGUCGUUUUAGCCUUCUCGGCCUGUAGCGCCCCCUAUGGGGCGUUGGUGGUAUACCGCACUCUUCUCGGGGACGGUGAGGAAUUGUCUCCUUCUCUCUACCUCACAGCCAUCUGGCUGCCAAAGGUGUCUCUCCUCACCAACCCUCUGCUGUUUCUGACGGUGAACCGCACGGCCAGGCAGUGCCUGUUGGAUGUUUUAGCCCGGGUCCACAGACGCUACAGCCGGCGUAACGUAGUCAGCACUGGGGCCCUGGGGAUAGGGAGCGAGGGAGGGCUGGAGGGGUCGGCUCAGGCCGGGAGCCAGCUCCUGGAGAUGUUUAAUAUCGGACAGCAGCAGAUCUUUAGGCCGACCGAUGAAGAGGACGAGGAGGAGGUAGAGCAUGAGAUACCUUCGUUAGGGUCAGGAGGUGGUGGGGGUUGUUUGCAACCCAAAGAGAACCACCUUGGAGGGGGUAGACUAGGGGGACACGAAGGGAAGAUGGUUCUACAGACCCAACCAAUCAGAGAGAGUGUCCUAGUGACUAAAGAACCUCCUCUCAUAUUGCCCAAAGUCUCCCCUGCCCCUGUCCACGCCUGCUCUUACACCUCCUCAUCACAGGUGGCGCCAGCGACCCCCACGGAGCCCGACAACGCCACCCAGUUUGGGUUCGGUCCAUUCGAGCUGCCGCCCCAGUGGCUGCCGGAGACCAGGAACAGUAAAAAGAGGCUCCUCCCACCGCUGGGGAACACCCCAGAGGAACUGAUCCAGACCAAACAGCCACGCCCACGGCCAGAACGACGAAUCAGCAGGAACAACAAGGUCAGCAACUUUCCCGUUGUCGACCCUUAAACUACCCUGUCCGUUGACCUUUGAACCUAUGAUCCCUGAUGACAGCUAUGGCUGGAGGUCAGCCAGAGGAGUAUUCCACUGACGGAGCGUAAUGAGAACAGCAAUACACCUUUUCCUUUUUCUAUCAAGUUUUUGAUACAUUUUACGUCAAUGACUGGAUACAAAGUCAAUGGAGGAAAUCUGACCAACCACCU